AUGGCUGUCCUUCGGCUGCUUUGGAUGAUCGCAUAUGUGGCACUACAUGGUGCCUCCGGACACCGUGUGCAGAAAGUGGCUGUCUCAGACCAACGGGUCGCCAAGACGGAGCUGGGAGCUCCUGAGGAAGAGGAGAUGCGGAAGGAAGCGGUGAAGUCAUUCAAGCCACCUACAGUGUGGAUGCCGACCUUGGAUUUGAAGAAGCUUUUCAUGCAUAAGGCAAGCCGAGUGAACCUCCACCGGAACUCUAACACCACCAUCUUCGAACAAACUCGAAACGCCUUUGAAUAUGAAGAUCCAAGAGCAUGGGGUGCGAACUGGACCGGCUUGUUCUUCACUGUGAACUUCACCAACGAGAAGGGAGUGGAUAGUUUCGGGUUGCGCAAAGAGUGGCUCUCGCUUGUCCUGCAGUCCAUCGUGCUGCCAGCUGGUCACUCAGAUAAGACAGGCUUGCAGUGUGUCAGCAGUGGCAAGUGCGGAGAUGAGGGCACGCCACAAUACUUGCUGAAAGCCUUGCCAUCGGGAGAGCUGGUGCCCAUUAGUGUGGAAGAGGUCGAAACAUCAGAACAGACUGGGAGAAUUGGAUCCAUGUUAAAAUUUGCAUAUGAUGCUUACGAUUUGGCAUAUGAACGGGUUCUCGGUGAAAAAGAGAAGCUGCCUUAUGCUGCCCGCAUGCGUUUCCAAUUUUUGGGGAAGUGGCUGGCUCGGGCUCACAUCGUCACGGACCUGGGUUUCGCACCAAUGGGUCUCCACAGAGUCAUUUACCAGAGCUUGGUGGCCGGCUAUGUGGUCACGCCCCAAACCCCUUCUUUCUACAGCGAGGAGGACACCAUCCCUGCCUGUGAGAAGCUGGCGGCCAUAUGGAGGCGACGUAGCCCGCAAGAGCUGCAAAGCUACGGAUGGCUGAGCUGCGAUGAAGUGAAAGACCACACAGGCAAGUACACCCAGGCCAGCUGCUACAAGCCAAUCUUCCGGGAUGAAAUGAUGUGGAAUGCUCUCUACCUGGCAUGGGGCUCUCUUGCACCAGAUGGUGCCAAAGCAGACGACACCGUUCCCUUCAGCGCAGCGCGAGACUUCACAGAACGCCGAUGUGAACAGUCUUGGAAGGCUUUUGAAGAGCCGGUGAAGUACAUCGUGCAGGGCUUUCGGGAAGUGAUUCCCAGCACCUCUGGACUCUGGAAGCUUCUGGAUGGGAAGUGGCAAAAACUGUCUCAUCUCAUAGAAGGCAGCUCAGAGGUUAAUGUCGAUGAAAUGCUGAAGGCAGUUUCGUGGACCUGCAGCAGCGAGGAGGAGGCUGUGAUCAUUGAAGUCUUGCACGACUUGCAGAAGCAGGGUCAGGACUUGCCUCCUGUGAAGCGGCAAUUGAACAAGCUUCUACGAUUCUUCACGGGCUCAUUUAAGCCACCUGUUGAGGGCUGGAAGAAAGACACAGUGGAAUUCACAUGUGUUAACCCUGGCUACACAGGUGGAAAGUGCGUGCCGCUGGUAGGCAAAACCUGCUUCAAUGAAUUACGCAUUCCCAGAGCUUGUUGCAAGGAUCCUGCCACAUUGAAGGCAAUGAUUGCAGAGUCUGUGGUUUCAGAGGGUUUUGGCUAUGACUAG